AUGUACUGGGAGAGACUUUUGGGGGUGCAGGGCUCAGUGGUUUAUAGCGGGAGCUGGUGGAAAAAGAUCUGGGGUGUCUUAGAUGGUAUUAGGAGUGGGUUUUGGAGUGACAAGGCUUACUGGUUUGUAUUGGGAGUCGCUGGAACGGGGCUAAGGGACUCUGGGGGGGACACCAGCCCCCACUGGUCCUUACUGGUGGCCCCCCCAGUCCACGCCUGGGAGCACCGUCGGACGCUGGCGGCCGAGGAGGACCCCGAGGCCGAGCUGGCCUUCGCCGGGACCCUGCUCAGCCGCGACUUUUCCAACUUCUCCGCCUGGCACCACCGGAGCCGGCUGCUGGCGCCCACCCGGACGCCGGCGUCCCCCGGGGGCGGGGCAGGGGCGCUGCCCCCCCACCGCCUCCAAAUGGAGCUGGAGCUGGUGCAGAACGCCGUCUUCACCGACCCCAACGACCAGAGCGCCUGGGUCUACCUGCGCUGCAUCCUCUCCCGCGCCUCCCCGCCGCCGCGGAUUCUCUGCCUCUACGUCAACCGGGAGGACGCGACGCUGGCGGUCACCUUCUCCCGCCCCGUCGUGGUGGGAGCGGGGAGUUCGGCGUUGACGGCGACGGUGGACGGCUCCGCCCUGGAAGGGGCGUGGCGCUCGGGAGAGGGGCGGCCACGCCCCAGCCACACCUGGCUCUGUGACCUGCCCCCCGACCUGGCUCCGCCCCCUGCCCGGCCCCGCCUCCACUUCCGGGUCACGUGGGAGCCCAACCCCGCCCACCGCGAGGUGACGCUCCUGCCAGAUGAGAACGAGGCGUGGUGGCAGGAGCCAAUCAAAGCCGGGGAGCUCUUCUGGCCAGAAGUGGGCGUGGCCGAGGCAUCGGUGCUGGAGGCGCAGGUGGAGACGUGCCGGCAACUGCUGGAGCUGGAGCCCCGCAGCCGGGGCUGCCUGCUGACGCUGGUGCUGCUGCUGUCGGCCCUGGACCCGUUGGGCCACGAGGACGAGAUCCGGCGGUGCCUGCGGGACCUCCAGGAGGCGGACCCGCUGCGGAUUGGCUUCGUGGGCGACGUGGCCUCGCGGGCGGAGGCGGCCGUGGGCGUGCUGAGGAUGGGGGCGGGGCCUGAUGGGGCUGUCAGGCUCCGCCUCCCCAGGAAGGCGCUGACGUCACUGCCGCUGCUGGAGCACAUGGUGCUGGUGACCCACCUCGACCUGGCCGGGAAUGACCUGGGGGGGCUCCCCCCCGCCCUGGGGGGGCUGCGGCGCCUGCAGGUGCUGGACGUGUCACACAACAAGGUCACGACCCUGCGGGGGUUCCCGCCCCUCCCCCGCCUGGAGGAGCUGCAUCUCGACGGCAACCCUAUAAGCCACGCCUCCGCCCUGGCUCCAUUGGCCACGUGCCCCCGGCUGGCUCGUCUGCGAUUGGCCGAGACGCCCCUGGCCGCCACGCCUGAGGCCGCCACCCACCUGGCCCAGCUCCUCCCCGGCAUCGACAUCGCCCUCGCCUGAUAGGCCGGUGCCUGGAGCUCCGCCCACCACCCCCCCACCCCCCCCAGCUGUCGA